AUGGAACGGUACCUGCCAGAAUGGAUAUACGAUCGAUUGGUGGUGUUCUGCGCCGGAUGGGAAUUUCAUGCGGGUGCGAAGAUGCAUAGACGGCUGGGAAAGGUAUUUGUCGCGGUUACUCCAGACGAGUGCUCGCUCUGGAUCGCGGAGCCCUCCGUAGCAAACGUAGUUCUUCAUAGAAGAAAAGAAUUUCAGCAGCCGGAGCUGGUAGGACGUAUCAUCAAUUUCCUCGGGCCUACGCUCUUGGCGGCCAACGGAGAAGACUGGCAACGACAGCGUCGUGUUAUCGCUCCAAAUCUCAACGAACGUAUCAGCAAGUCGGUGUGGGACGAAAGCUGCCACCAAGCAGCUAAGAUGUCGGACUACCUAGUCAGGAACUCAGGAAAUAAGACCAUCGAUGGACUCCGCAACAUCGCAAUCAACGUUCUAGGCCGCUCCAGCUACGGCCAGAAUCAGGAAUGGACGCCGGACGAGCCGGUUGACACAAGCGACAUACAUCAAGAGCUUACAUACUUCAAAAGCAUCUCACUUGUGACAUCCAUGCUCCUACCCGCGGCUUUUAUCCCGCCAAUACUCAUGGAUCUAUGGUUUUUACCCACUGCGCUAAGGUUGCUUGGUAGGGGAUUGAAGAUGUUGCCGAAACUGACCAGCGAGCUUCUCGAGAAUGAACGCAGGGUUGCGGAGGUAGAUCAAGUUCCACGGAAUAACCUACUUAGUCAGAUGGUGCAGUUGUCGGAUCAUUCUAAAGCCAGUAAAUCUGGUCUCACGCUCACUGAGGAGGAGAUCCAUGGGAAUCUGUUUCUCUUCUCUGCCGCUGGCUUUGAUACAACUGCAAACACGAUGGGAUAUGGUGUGACGCUGCUAGCUGCUUAUCCCGAAUGGCAAGACUGGAUGAGGGAGGACUACCAUGGUCUAGACAGUGAUCCGUCAUCUUGGGUAUAUGAAGACAUAUUCCCAAGAUGUAAGAGAACUUUGGCCGUAAUGUUUGAAACUCUUCGUCUCUUUACUCCGGUGCUACAUUCAUACCGCUGCACGAACCAUGAGCAGCUUGUCACGGACGAAAGCGGGUCUCAUCGUCUCGCGAAUGGUAUGGAUGUAUUUGUCAACCAAGCAGCUAUACAUCGUGAUUCAUCAAUCUGGGGUGCCGAUUCAGAAGCCUUCAAGCCCUCGCGAUGGAUAGAUUCCUCUGGCGACUUAAUCACUCCGGAGAAGGGCACCUUCAUUCCAUGGUCUGGCGGACCCCGGAUAUGUCCCGGUAUUAAGAUGGCCCAGGUCGAAUUCGUGGCCACGUUUGCGACUCUCUUCUAUGCAGCCAAGUGCGAGUCAAUUGCGGCUGGAGUUAACCCGAGAGAAAACGCGCGCUUCCUUGAAAGUCUCAUGAGAGAUUCGUUCUUUAAGCUGUCAUUGCAAAUGAAACACCCAAGCGAAGUUCGGCUUCGAUGGAUUCCUCAGGGCUGUCAGUGA